AUGUCAAUAAUUGAAUUAAAAUCUUCAUUAGGUUAUAUAUGGUAUAGAAUAGGUUGUUUUUUAAUUGAAAUCUAUUCUCAUAUAUCAAAUCUUGGAAUAAUUCGUUAUUUUGAUUCAUUAAUUGAAGAUAAAUCAAAAGAAAGAAUUAUUAUUAUAUGUUUAAUAUUAAUUGCAUUUACAAUUGUAUCAUCAUCAAUUUCAACUAUAUUCAAUUUAUUUAAUGGUUUUGGAAAUUCAAUUGAGGAUUAUCCUUUUUAUUUAUAUAAAUAUAAUAAAAAUCCACUAAAAUCAUUACCAUUAUUAUCUUUAUUUGAUAUAAAUAUAUCAAUUCUUAUUCUUUUACCAAAUAUAAUUAUUAUUUCUCAACUUAUUAAUCGAUAUAUAAAAGAUGAAAAUAUUGUGUUUGAAUCAUCAAUUGAUAUUUUAAUUGGAAAUGUUCUAAAAGGUGUUAAAAAAGAUGGUCAAUCAAUUGAAAUAAUUAAUUCAAAUUCAUCAGGAUCAUGUCAAUUAAUAAAUUUCUUUCUUGUUUUAAUUCGAUAUCAUUUUUCUUAUUCAAAUUCAUUUUAUAAAAUAAAUAAAUCAAUUUGUUUAAUAAUGAGUAUUUAUUCAAUUAUUUCAAUAUUAUUAACUAUAUUUAUAUAUCGAACAUUUGAACUUUUAUUUAAACUUGAAUCAUUUAUAAUUAAUUCAUAUAAUAUUUAUUCUUAUUUAUUAAUAUUAUCAUUAAUUAUAUCAAUUUUAUUUAUAUUAUUAACAAAUCAUGCUUUAUUUUAUUAUUAUACAGUUUGUUAUUUUCAACAAGAAUAUUAUCAAUCAAAUAAGUUAAUACGUUUAUCAAAUUUGAAUGAUCGAUAUUUAAUUGAAAAAUCCAUUCGUCGUUCAUUAAUAUAUUAUUUGUUAUUUGUUAUAUUAUGUGUUAUAUGUCAAUUUCCAUUUCUUAUAUUUAUAUUUAAAUUAUUUUAUUCUGGUUUAAUUGAUUAUUUAUUUAUUAUUUAUAUUAUAUUUCUUUUAUUAUAUUUAUUUAUUUCAAUAAUAUUUCUUUUUUUUCUUUGUUUAUUUCGAUCAUCUUCUUCGAAUUUUAAUUAUUUAAAUAAAUUUACAAAUUAUAAUAAAUCAAUAUCAUCACAUUGUUUAUAUCGAUCAAAUGAAAAUGUUAAAGAAAAAUUCUUUACGAUUGGAACUUCUCAUUUAAUUCCAAGAGAAUCAGUAAGUAGUUGUGGAUUAACUAUUAUUGAUCAUGAAAAUUCUAAUCGAACAAAUUCUCAUUCAACAUUUAAACAAACCGAACGUCUUGCUACUGAUGCUUUUCUUGUUAUGCAUUAA